AGAUGGCUUCCCAAAUUCCCGGUAUAUUCCACUGCAUUUUGUCGCGCAUUUAUAGAAAUAAAACAUAUGCGAUGUUACAAGGCUACUUCUUAUUUACCAAAAAAUACCGUAUGCUAUGUACCUGGGAACGGAGCAUCAAGGUAAAGGACUGUUAUCUUCUUUUGGGAGUAGAUUGGAGCGCCACUGUAAUAGAUGUGCGAGAAGCUUAUCUGAAGCUCGCCAAAUUAUAUCACCCGGAUUGUGGAAGAAACACGGCUGAUGCAGCAAAAUUUUCAAAAAUAGAACAUGCUUAUAGAGUGGUCAUGGAACAUGUAACAAGUGCGUCCCAGAAAGGCUCAGAAGUAAGCGAUCAAGAGUUCGAGAAGGAGAUAUUUGAUAUUCAUCACACGGCACCACAACAUAGGCAAUACUUAGAAUAUGAGGGAAUUGGAUUUGGCUCACCCUCCAAGAGACAGAAGCAGUAUCAACAGCACCGUGUGCAGAGAGCUUCAGACAAAGUGAUUGAUCAUAAAUAUGGGCACUUGGGAGAGCAAGAAACAUCCAUUGCAGAACCUGAAAAGAGGGCUAUAAGGAGAUCAAAGCACUCCAAGGUCAUUGACAGACUAGUGGAGGACCUCAUUCAGGAGGCCAUGUCCAAAGGAGAAUUUAAAAACCUAGCAGGAAGUGGAAAACCACUUAAGCUUGAGCAGGAUGUCUAUAUUGAUUCAACAACUCGAAGGCUCAAUAAAGUAUUGAUCGAUUCAGGAUUUGCACCCGAAUGGAUUGCGCUUGAGAAAGAGAUCAGACUUGAUAUUGAGAGACACAGAGAGAACCUUUUGCAGAAACGAAAGAAACUGGGACCUAGUCCUUUGACUUUACUUUCAACCGAUAAGUGGGAGCGUCAUCUUAAGGAAUUUCACGACAAGUUGCGGGACACUAAUAAAAAAAUCGAUAAAUUCAACAUGAUCGUACCCAUUCUAAAUAAACAAAAAGUUCACGCAAACUUUCAUAAGGAAGUCGAUAGAGUCGUCAAGAAUUAUGGAUAUGGAAUAAUGGAAUCUAACGUCGAAGAUCCUCGCAAAGACGCCGGUGACGAAGAAUCUGAAAGUUUUACCUGGAAUUUCCUCCAGAAACUUCUGGGAAACUACAAGAUCGGGUUUCUGGAAAGAUUCACCGAAAGCGAAAAGACGAUAAAAUAGUUUUAGUCAGAAACCAUUUAUUUAAAUACAAUUUUUUGAUAUUCGACUGUCCGAGGUAGGAUGACCCUGCGAGAUAGCUGGCAUAGAAAGGGAAGAAGAGAUGAAAAGUAUAUUGAGGGCGAAGAGCAUGAGAAUCAUGUUCGUCGCUCUCAGACCCUAUCGAUUGUGAGUAGCACUUUGUGCCCCCCGCGCGCUCAAUAUAUUUUUUACCGUCUCCUCUCCCUUUACAUGCCGACCAAGCGAGCUUUCAUUAGGUAGAAACUUUGUUUUAUUCCUGUCAUUGCUUAGCCUUGUGCGGGAGAACCACGGGCCCAUUCCUCUUCAAAAGUUACAGCCACUUUCGUGCCCAGGGUGCCGAUGCCCUUCCAAAAUGGGAAAAGUAGCCUGGGGAUGAGGAUGCCUCUAAAUCAAAAUGAGAGAUAACCGAACCGUUUGUCACGUUCGCUAGCUUAUCUCUUCUUUGUUCUUUCGUCAUACCACUAUCAUGCCGGUCGGUAUUAUUUUUUCAAUUAACUACUCGAUCACAAGAGCAAACUUCAUAACGAAAUUUGGAAUUGGAAUAAAUAUCAAACAAUCGCGAAUUACUUUUUUUUAACAUGGUUCAUUUCUAAAAACAAAAACAAAAAAAGAGGAAGAAUAUUAAGGCUUGAAAAAGUGCGGUAAACAUUUUCCGCGGAUCAUUUUCGAUCAUCUGCAGGAAACGUCGAAGACAACACCUGGAUUAUUUCAAUGACUAUUCAAAGCUUUCCCACAGUAAUCUUACCUUCGGCCAACAAAUGCGUUAUCGUUAGAAUUAUCUCCACGGCCUCUAGUGCAUGGAUUAGCAGAUAUGAAACGUGGAAAAAUAAUUAAAAGUUAUAACCCAAGUAGGAGCAGUCAAUGAAACCGCCAACAGGCAUUAAAAUUUUUUGAUAUUCAUAAAAAGUACUUUACACGAUUUUCAAAAAAAGUUCAAAUUUUCUCAGAAGGUGUUCUUUUUUCGAUGAUAUCAACUACUGAUAUCGUCCUUGAAAACGCCACUUACCGCGAGUCGCAU